UGCUGGUUUAUGCUCCUUUACAAAAACUCCGUGGAUUAAAGCUAAUUUAUUCAACUUUUAUUCAUUGAUCGCUAUAAACGAUUUGCUCUAAGCUGUAUGGCCUCAUCUUUCGGAAGUCUGACGACACUUAUAAUUACUUUUUGGGGUGGGAGUAACGUUAACUGAAAAAUUGCUCCACAAUGGCCAACAUUUGUCCAAUUAAAAAUGUUGCAGAUUUGGUUUCUGAAGCUCGUCGUGUGUACCGGGAAACAUUUGACGGAGAUGAUGCACAUGUUGCAGUUUGCGCUCCUGGACGUGUGAAUUUAAUCGGAGAACAUACAGAUUAUAAUGAAGGAUUUGUUCUCCCAAUGGCCCUGCCGAUGGUGACCGUUAUAGUGGGCAGCAAAACUUCUGGCCAGAAGUGCUGUGUUGUAACUCAGACGGAAUCUGCUGAUGAGCCCAGGGUGGUGCACUUUGAUCUCCCAAAUGAACUGACCCCACUUUUAAGAGGGCAGCCAAACUGGGCCAAUUAUGUAAAGGGAGUUGUACAGCACUACAGAGCACGACCCAUCCCUGGCUUCAGAGCUGUAAUAGCCAGUAGUGUGCCACUAGGAGGUGGACUGUCCAGCUCAGCUUCACUUGAAGUGGCUGUGUACACAUUCCUGCAGCAGUUGUGUCCAGAUGAUGGGGAUCAGAUAGCGAAGGCAGUGGCCUGUCAGCAGGCUGAACACACUCAUGCUGCUGUGCCCUGUGGCAUCAUGGACCAGUUUGUGUCCGUUUUGGGUAAAGAGGGCCACGCUUUGCUCAUUGACUGCAGAUCUUUGGAGGCCACUGCUGUCCCUUUGGCUGACCCUGGACUUGUAAUCCUGAUCACUAAUUCCAAUGUUAGACAUUCACUCACAGGAAGCGAGUAUCCUACCAGACGAAAACAAUGUGAGGAGGCAGCAGCCCUUUUGGGCAAGAAAAGUCUAAGAGAGGCUACUUUGCAAGAUUUGGAGGCUGCCAAGGAUCGAUUGGAGGGUGUGACAUACCGUCGGGCACGUCAUGUGAUCGAGGAGAUUGAGCGCACAGCGCAAGCUGCCGAGGCACUGAAGAGAGGGGAUUACAAAGAGUUUGGGAGGCUGAUGGUGGAGAGCCACAAUUCUCUUAGGGAUAAUUACGAGGUCAGCUGUCCAGAAUUGGAUGAGCUGGUGGCGGCAGCAUUGGAGGUGGAUGGAGUGUUUGGGAGUCGGAUGACGGGGGGAGGUUAGGGUGGAUGCACAGUUACUUUGCUUCAGGCUCAUGCCACUGAGAGAGCAGUCAAACACAUUCAGAAAAAAUAUCAUGGAUCUCCAACCUUCUUCAUAACUACCCCAUCAGAAGGAGCUCAUGCUCUCAGUCUGUGAUU